CGCAGGCGGCGCCCGGGAGCGCGGCGGCGGCGGCGGCGGGGCCGGGCCGGGCGCUGCCCGGGUGCGGCGGGGGUAGCGCGGCGGCGGGCCGGGCGCUGUGCCGGGCGCUGUGCCGGGGCUGCCCGGGCGGCUGCAGCGGGUUUUGCGUCCCGUCCCCGGGCUCGGGCCACUUUGGGCGGGCUGACGCCCGUACAUCUGCUCGUCGCUGCCGUUCGCUCGCUUCCCGGCGGAGCGGAAGGAGGAUGGGGUUCGAGCUGGAUCGCUUCAGCGGGGACGUGGACCCCGACUUCAAGUGCAACCUGUGCAACAAGGUCCUGGAGGACCCGCUGACCACCCCCUGCGGCCAUGUGUUCUGCGCCGGCUGCGUGCUGCCCUGGGUGGUGCAGCAGGGCAGCUGCCCCGUCAACUGCCAGCGCAUCUCCACCAAGGAGCUCAACCACGUCCUGCCCCUCAAGAGCCUCAUCCUCAAGCUGGAUAUCAAGUGCGACAACCACGCGCGGGGCUGCGAGGCGGUGGUGCCGCUGCAGCAGCUGGGCGAGCACGCCGAGACGUGCGACUUCUCGCCGGCCAAGUGCCGCAACCGCGGCUGCCGCCAGGUGCUCAACCUCCGCGACGUGGAGGCGCACAUGCGGGAGCGCUGCGAGGCGCGGCCGGCCGGGCUGUGCGAGCAGGGCUGCGGCUUGGUGCUCACCCACGGCGAGCGCCGAGCCGGCGGCCACGGCUGCCUGCGGGCCCUGCGAGCCCACGGCGCCGCGCUGCAGGCGCGGGCGGCGGCGCUGGAGAAGGCGCUGAAGAAGGAGGCGCUGCGCGCCGGCAAGCGGGAGCAGUCGCUGCUGUCGCGACUGGCGGCGGCGCAGCUGGAGCUGCAGGUGACGGCGCUGCGCUACCAGAAGCGCUUCACGCAGUACAGCGCCCGCCUCGACGCCCUGGCCCGCGCCCGCGCUGCGUCGCCCGGCAAGGGCGAGGAAACCAAAGCGCUGACUCUUGUCCUCCAUCGUGACUCAGGCUCGCUUGGAUUUAAUAUUAUUGGUGGCCGACCAUGCGUGGACAAUCAAGACGGUUCAUCCAGCGAAGGAAUUUUUGUAUCGAAAAUAGUCGACACGGGGCCUGCUGCUAAGGAAGGAGGGCUGCAAAUUCAUGACAGGAUUAUUGAGGUCAAUGGGAAGGAUUUAUCUAAGGCAACACAUGAGCAGGCAGUGGAAGCGUUCAAAACCGCCAAGGAACCCAUUGUGGUGCAGGUCCUGAGGAGAUCCCCACGCACCAAGAUCUUCACUGCUCACGAGUCCCAGCUGGUAGAUGUGGGCACGCAGACGGAUAUCACUUUUGAACACAUCAUGGCUCUAAGCAAGAUGGGCUCACCUACACCACCCGUCUCUGUGCUGGACCCGUACCUUCUACCUGAAGACCAUCCAUCAGUGCAUGAGUACUAUGAUCCAAAUGACUACAUGGGAGGAAUUCAUCAAGAAAUGGACCGAGAUGAGUUAGAACUGGAGGAAGUAGAUUUGCAUAGAGUGAACAGCCAGGACAAGCUUGGCCUUACUGUAUGUUACCGAACGGACGAUGAGGAUGACAUUGGUAUUUAUGUCAGCGAGAUUGAUCCCAACAGUAUUGCUGCAAAAGACGGUCGGCUCCGAGAAGGGGAUCGCAUUAUCCAAAUCAAUGGCAUAGAGGUACAGAACCGAGAAGAAGCUGUGGCACUUCUCACCAGUGAAGAGAGCAAGAAUAUCUCCUUGCUUGUUGCAAGACCAGAAAUUCAGCUGGAUGAAGGAUGGAUGGAUGAUGACAGAAAUGAUUUUCUGGAUGACUUGCACAUGGACAUGUUAGAGGAGCAGCACCACCAGGCAAUGCAAUUUACUGCCAGCAUGCUCCAGCAGAAGAAGCAUGAGGAAGAUGGCGGUACCACAGACACAGCCACCAUUUUAUCUAACCAGCACGAGAAGGACAGUGGCGUGGGGCGCACAGACGACAGCACUCGGAACGAUGAGAGCUCUGAGCAGGAAAACAAUGCCGAUGAUCACACCACUUCCUCCAACACUUUAGGGAGCCAGAAGAAGCUGACUUACAGUCAUGACACCCUCGGAAGUGGCGAUAUGCAGUUCAGCAACGAGUCGUUCAUCUCAGCCGACUGCACAGACGUCGACUUCCUUGGCAUCCCCGUAGACGAAUGUGAGCGAUUCCGGGAACUGCUGGAGCUGAAGUGCCAGGUGAAGUCUGCCAGCCCUUACAGCCUGUACUAUCAUAACAGCACUCUGGAUAUGAGCAAAAGCGACCAAGAAAGCGUUGACAAAGAGCUGGAGAUGCUGAAUGAGGAGCUGCGCAAUAUCGAGCUGGAGUGCCUGAAUAUUGUGAGAGCUCAUAAAAUGCAGCAGCUGAAAGAUCAGUACCGGGAGCCCUGGAUGCUGCACAACAGUGGGUUCCGCAACUAUAACACCAGCAUCGAUGUUCGCAGGCACGAGCUCUCAGACAUUACAGAGCUCCCUGAGAAGUCUGACAAGGAUAGCUCGAGUGCGUACAACACAGGGGAAAGCUGCCGAAGCACACCACUCACGCUGGAGAUUUCUCCUGACAAUUCACUGCGCAGAACUGCGGAAGGCGUCAACUGUCAAGGUAACGAGGGGGCAGUGGCGUACAACGUCUCCCAAAAGAAUUUAUUGGCUGGCUCAGAAAGCCAUGAAUCCAGCACUGGUAAAUGCCAUUCCUCUGCUAAAGAUCCUGACCUUGGCAAGCAGCUGGAAAGCAAGGAGAGAAAAGCCAGUGAUGGAAGCAAAAGCCCUACGCAUGGUCAAAAACCUUCUGGCUCCUACGUCUCCCCGUACCAUCACUCCCCAUAUAAGCAUGCUCAUAUUCCUGCCCACGCGCAGCACUACCAGAGCUACAUGCAGCUGAUCCAACAGAAAUCAGCGGUGGAGUACGCACAGAGCCAAAUGAGCCUGGUGAGUAUGUGUAAAGACUUUAACGCGAGCCAGAGCGAACCGAGGAUGGAGUGGAAAGUCAAAGUGCGAAGCGAUGGGACGCGGUACAUCACAAAGAGGCCAGUCAGGGACAGGCUGCUGAGAGAACGCGCCAUCAAGAUCAAGGAAGAGCGCAGCGGAAUGACUACCGAUGACGAUGCCAUAAGUGAAAUGAAGAUGGGCCGGUACUGGAGUAAGGAAGAGCGGAAGCAGCAUUUAGUGAAGGCGAAGGAGCAGAGGAGGAGGCGUGAGUUCAUGAUGCAGAGCAGGCUAGAUUGCUUAAAGGAACAGCAAGGUGCAGAAGAAAAGAAAGAGAUGAAUAUCAUUGAACUGAGCCACAAAAAAAUGAUGAAGAAAAGAAAUAAAAAAAUAUUUGACAACUGGAUGACAAUCCAGGAACUCCUUACCCACGGAACAAAGUCACCAGACGGCACACGAGUGUACAAUUCCUUCCUGUCAGUGACUACUGUAUAAUCGCCAUUGCUAAGUUAUGUACAUAAAACGCUACCAUUGGGGUAGAAAUCAAUGCCUCGUUCAAUGUGGCAAGAUUUUUGUAUAUAAGAUACGGUCAUCGAGUUUAUAGUUCAAAUACUGAACUCUACAACUGUGGGUGCCAGGAUCUCCACCGUGAAGUGGAGAGAAAGUUUGCCCAUCUCCUUCAAAGGCAAUACUAGCAGUGCUUUUUGGAAUACUGAUUGUACUUUUUUACUUGUUACCUUUUACAUAAAGCGUUUAACUAUCAGAAAUGUAUUAACCAUACUUACACAGGUAAUUUGCUUAAACUAUAUUCAUAUAAAAGGUACCCAUGCUUUUCUUUGCCUAAAAAAACGCAAAAACCCCACAAGAGCAACUGCACAUAUGUAUUUUUUGUGAAACCAUAUUUUGUGAUACUAUUUUGCUGUUGUUCACUUCUACACCAAGUGCUGUUUAUCAAUAUUUAGCUCAAGGUUUAAACUCAGAAUUAUUGAAUUCCUAACGGAGUCAGUCUCUUGUAAUAUUUAACAUUUAUCAAACAGCAGUCUUUAGAGUUAUGAUCAACAUUUAAACAUUUUUCCUUUUAAAGUUUCUAAAGAAAGUAUAUAGGUUUCAUCUGAAAAGCCUGAAGCAAAGUACAGUAUACUGCAGCUUUAAAGGAUUUUAAAGCAUGUUUGCAAAUGUUGCAACCUAUUGAAAAAUGUGCAUGUACAGCUAAUUUGUUUAUAUAAGACAGUUUGUGGAAUUUGAAAAGCCCAUGGUAGUAACUGUUUGCUUUAUAGAUUUGAAUGUAUUGAAUUAUAAAAGCAGUUUCAUGAAAUCAUCAUUAGCUACAAACGUUAACAAGUAAAAUGAAGUAAAAUAAAUUAUUGUUUUAUAUUUCAAACAAUUUUAAAUUCUUUUGACUCCCUUCUGGUUUCGCCAUGCUGAGUAUCCUUUCCUGGAGCGUAGCUCCUGUGCUGCCAGGACUGCCUACCUGAGUCACGCCUAGCAGGAAAAUUGCAUCCUGACCCUCGGGGGAUUUUGGAUGGAGGUGUUCUUGAGGGAAGGAGACAUGGAGGGAAGAAGCAAGAGAGAAGUAAGAGGAACGUGAAAAGUAGAAUCAAGCAAUGCAGAUAAUAAACUCACGAGGCAUUUAAGAUGACCUGCAAGUGAGAAAAAAACAGGACUUCUACUCUCCUGUUUUGUUCCAUAAUUUGUAAAACUGAGCUACGUACAUAAGCAUGGGUUUGCAUUAAAUACAGACAAAUAAUUAUAUAAAUUAAAUAUAUGAGUUCAAACAAAUACAUAAAUUAAAACAAAAGAGAUAGGGAAAAGGACAAAGAGUAAAUGUCAGAAAGGUAUCUCACUUUUUCUGUUUUUCUAUUUCUAAUUAAGAAUUCAAAUAUAAAUUGGAAUUUUUGCUGGAUAAAUGGUAAACUAGACUCAUUAUGAAUAGCUCCCAGAUUCUUCAACCCCCUCUUCCUUUUUGCUUGCUGCCACAAAAAACUCUCACCCAAACCCUUCUAAAUCUCUGUUCUGAACUCUUCCACCAUAGCUAUACAGAGUAAAAAAAUAUAACCUGAAUGAUAGAGGUUAAAAACUGGAAGGGGAGAAAUUAACAGCUUCUCAGUGCCUAUUUUAUCUGUUAUCACGUAGCAAGCAACAGACCUGUGGUUUUUUCCCCCAUUCUCUUUGUGGAUUAGCAUCGAAUUAGCAUUGAAUAUAUGUCUACCAUAUUCUACAGUGAGCUAUUUUACAUACUGGAAAAUACGUCGUAAGCCAAUGUAAAUCAUCACUGCCCCUUGAAAUCUGACACUCAUAUCAGUAAUCCUCUGUACAUUUACCUUCAAAUGAUAUUUACCUUUGGGAUAACGUACCGGUCUAGCUGUAGUGUGUGGAAGAUUUUCUAUUGACUUUGCUAGAGCCAGGAAUUCACUUGACAUACUAGAAGCUGGUUACCAUCACAAGUUGCACAGAAGGAAAAGCAUAAUGUAUGAUUUUCACAACACGCUGCCUUCAACAUAAGGUGCUUCCUAUCUCUGUCUCACAUCUGCUUUACUCUGAUUUUUUGUUCUGUUCAUCCCAAUUGCAAGGAGCACACCAUAGCAGGAUAUUGCCUCUUCUAAAGCUCAGAAAUCCACAUGGACGGGCAGAGCUAUAAUUAGUGUGGAAUCACAGUCCUUAAACAGGCAUGAAAAGGCAUUUAAGCUGUCUUUAUUCUACCUGGAAAUGUUAGAGUAGGAUUUGAAAUGCUCUAAUGAGGAAAAAUUAUCAAGUUGUUCCUCAUACAAAUAGUCUCCUCUGGAAAAACUUCAUGGGUGACGGGUUUUUAAUGCAUCAGUCAGAUAAAUGCUGAGCAUUACGUGCAUGUGUGUAACAGCAGAAACGUACCUGGGAAUUCACAUGUGAUGUGCAGAAAUUAUACCAAAGCAUCAACAGUAUAAAAUUUGCAUUCUUCUAAGAUGCUGAAAUAAAAUUAUUG